AUGGCGUCCGCGGGGUCGAACACCAUUAAGGUGGUCGCUAGAUUCCGCCCGCAGAACAAAGUCGAAUUGUCCUCUGGCGGCAAGCCGAUUGUCGAAUUCGAGAAUGAGGAGUCAUGUCGCAUCCAGUCCCAAGAGGGCAAUGGUGCCUUCACGUUCGACCGCGUUUUCCCCAUGGAUACGGCGCAAAACGACAUCUUCGACUUCUCGAUCCGGCCGACGGUGGACGACAUUUUGAAUGGAUAUAACGGAACGGUGUUCGCCUACGGUCAGACCGGUGCCGGAAAAUCGUAUACAAUGAUGGGUUCUGACAUUGAUGACGACAUUGGCAAGGGUAUCAUUCCACGAAUGAUCGAGCAGAUCUUCGCCAGCAUCUUGACUAGCCCGAGCAAUAUUGAGUACACGGUUCGGGUCAGUUAUAUGGAAAUCUACAUGGAGCGUAUUCGCGAUCUGCUGGUCCCCCAGAACGACAACCUACCAGUUCAUGAAGAGAAAGCUCGCGGAGUGUAUGUCAAAGGUCUGCUCGAGGUCUACGUCUCCAGCGUGCAGGAGGUCUACGAGGUUAUGCGCCGAGGAGGAGCGGCACGCGCCGUCGCCGCGACCAACAUGAAUCAAGAAUCGUCUCGUUCGCACUCUAUCUUCGUCAUCACCGUUACCCAGAAGAAUGUCGAAACCGGCUCCGCCAAGAGUGGUCAACUGUUCCUGGUCGAUCUGGCGGGUAGUGAAAAGGUUGGAAAGACGGGUGCAAGCGGCCAAACUCUAGAGGAGGCGAAGAAGAUCAACAAGAGUUUGAGUGCACUUGGAAUGGUUAUCAACGCUCUGACAGACGGCAAAUCGACCCACGUUCCUUACCGCGACUCCAAGCUUACCCGAAUCCUCCAAGAAUCUCUGGGUGGUAAUUCACGGACGACUUUGAUCAUUAACUGCUCGCCCAGCAGUUACAACGAUGCGGAAACAAUCUCAACCCUGCGUUUCGGUGUGCGCGCUAAGGCCAUCAAGAACAAGGCCAAGGUCAACGCUGAGCUCAGCCCCGCGGAGAUGAAGCAACUACUGCGGAAGGCGCAGGGCCAGAUGACGAAUUUCGAAAGCUACAUCUCCGCGCUGGAGGGAGAGAUCAGUAUGUGGCGAAGUGGUGAUAGCGUGCCCAAGGAACAUUGGACUCCCUCCCGAGGAAAUGAGCUUGUCAGCGCCACAAAGGCUGAGGCUCGUGCCCCACGACCUAGUACUCCAUCGCGCUUACAGGAGACCGCUCGUGCUGAAACCCCUCGCCCAGAUUCGCGGGUCGGUGAUCGGUCCAGUACACCCAGCCUGGUGCUGGAAAAGGACGAGCGCGAAGAAUUCCUGCGCCGUGAGAACGAGUUCCAGGACCAACUAUCGGAGAAGGAGUCCCACAUUGUUGCCGUGGAGCGCAGCCUUCGUGAGGCGCGUGAUGAGCUCAGGUCUAUGAAGGAGAACGGUGCACGAACCGGCAAAGAUAAUGACCGCUUGGGUACCGAAGUCAACGAGCUCCGCAUGCAGCUGGAGAAAGUUUCGUAUGAGAGUAAAGAGGCUGCUAUCACUAUGGAUGGCCUUCGUGAGGCCAACGGGGAGCUCACAGGUGAGCUGGAUGAAGUAAAGCAACAGCUUUUGGAUGUCCGGAUGAGGGCCAAGGAGACUACUGCUGCGCUUGACGAGAAGGAAAAGAAGAAGACGGAGAAGAUGGCCAAAAUGAUGGCUGGGUUUGAUCUCGGUGGUGAUGUGUUCUCAGACAACGAGCGUAAGCUACAAGAUCUGAUUCAACGCGUCGACGCCCUACAUCAGAUUAGCGCCGAAGGCGAAGUGAUCGCGCCCGAUGAUAUCCUUGAACUCCGCACGAAUCUCCUUGAAACGCAAGGCUUCAUCCGACAAGCUGAGCUUACUGUCAACGACCGGAGUGACUUUGGCGAUCUGCAGGACAGCCGCCGCGUGGAUUUGGAGAAGAAGCUGGAUGAUCUCCAACAAGAAUAUGAGGCACUCCUCGCCCGCAACCUGGGAGAGGGGGACGUGGAGGAGAUUCGGGAUCGAUUGGAGAAGGUCUACGCGACGAAGAAGGAGGCCGAAAUCACGGCAGCCGAGGACCUUCGCUCUGACAUUUCGCGCAAGGAUGAGGAAUUGAUUAAACUGCGACAGUCCCUGGUUGACACCCAGUCCCGCACCUCUACCAAUGGCGCUGCCAGCAAAACGUUGCAGCAGCAGAUCACAGAGUUCGAUGCCAUGAAGAAGUCCCUGAUGCGCGACCUGCAGAACCGCUGCGAACGUGUGGUUGAAUUAGAGAUUUCGUUGGACGAUGCUCGGGAGCAGUAUAACAACGUCCUACGAUCAUCAAACAACCGAGCCCAGCAGAAGAAGAUGGCGUUUUUGGAGCGCAACCUCGAGCAAUUGACGCAUGUACAGCGUCAGCUUGUGGAGCAGAACAGCAGCUUGAAGAAGGAGGUCGCCAUUGCGGAGCGCAAAUUGAUUGCGAGAAACGAGCGCAUUGCUAGCCUGGAAGCAUUGCUGCAGGAGAGCCAAGAGAAACUGACUCAGGCCAACCAUCGAUUCGAGGCUCAACUCACUGCUGUAAAAGAGCGCCUUGAGGCAGCAAAACAAGGCUCAACGCGCGGCUUACCGAGUAUGGAUGGGAAUGCGAGCUUUAGUUUUGGGGGGUCGCGUAUCGCGAAGCCCUUACGAGGCGGCGGUGACGGCCCGUCGCCGGCGAAUGCGAACGUCGCGGGCGUACAGUCGCAAGAAGCGACCGGCAAGCGUAGCAGCUGGUUCUUCGACCGCCGAUGA